AUGAAGUUUCUGGUGAUAACGGCGCUUUUCGUCGCCGUUUCAUCUGGCCGCUUAAGCAGUGAAAACCAACAAUCCAAAGAGACACAGCAAUGGCCAUGGCAAGCGGGCAAGGUAUACCGCUACGAUGUGAAGUCCCACACCCUAGCGCGCCUGCACGAGGGUGCUAGCUCAGGCAGCGCGUUCAAGGCUAGGCUCAUUGUGCGCGUCAAGGCGCCCGGACAACUGCAGGCCAGACUUGAAAACCCCCAACAUGCACAGGUCAACCAGGAACUUAGGUCGGACGGUCAAUUACCUCAAGACCUCAAGUACCAACCGGCGCAAAAUCUCGAUAAACCCUUCGAGAUCAACCUUGUGGGUGGUCGCGUUCAGUCCCUCAACUUGCCAUCAUCGGUACCACUAGCUCAAGAGAACUUGCUCAAAGGUCUCAUCGGCGCUCUGCAAGUCGACCUCUCUGCACACAGAAACGUGCGCAGCCCUCACGACACCUACGAUAAAGAUAUCCAGCAGGGUAACUUCAGAAAAAUGGAAACCGACGUCACUGGUGACUGUCAAACUUUGUACACAGUAUCCCCAGUGGCAUCUGAAUGGCGUCGUGAGCUGCCCAAAUUCGCAGAAGAAGAGGAACCGAUUGAAAUCACCAAGAGCAAGAACUAUGGCCACUGUCAUCAUCGCGUCGAUUACCACUUCGGUGUGCCCGAAGGCGCUGAAUGGGCCGGUACCGCUCACAAGACCGGUGAAGACCAGCUAAUCAAACGAGCCACCGUUGCCCGUAUCCUCGCCGGCAAACAGGGUCCUAUCUACAAAGCGGAAACUACCAGUACUGUUCACGUGCAUCCUCAUUUACACGGCAAACAAAAGGCCGAAGUACACAGUCAUGUGAAGGUAACGUUAGACUCGCAAGAACAGGACAACGAGCCUGAGUGGGAAAAACCAGAAGGUGGCCGACCGAUUCAAAAUCUCUUGUAUUCCCUUACACCCAAGCAGGUGAACAUCGAAGACAGUUCCUCGUCGUCAUCAUCCUCAUCUUCAGAAUCUCACGAGCAUCGCGAUCAACAGGAAUAUAAUCAGGAAUCCCCAAAAAACAGGCAACGCCGUUCUUCAGGGCCCAAAAAGAUUGUAACUGUUAACAGGGUCGUUAUUAAGAAGCGUAGUAGUGAUCGUUCUAGCUCAUCAGAUUCGUCAAGUUCCAGUCAGUCGAAUUCUGCGUACAUUAACGAUGAUGUGCCAAGGAGCAACGAACCAGCAUACGCCGCUCUUUACUUGAACCCUCAACCACAUGGCGACAAGAAACAGAACCCGAUGAACGCCCAGAAACUGGUCCAGGAAAUUGCCCAGCAAUUACAGAAUCCCAACAACAUGCCUAAAGGUGACUUCCUUUCCAAAUUCAAUAUUUUGGUACGUAUUAUUGCAUCUAUGAGCUCGGGACAACUGAGCCAAACCAGUCGCAGUAUCGAAAUCGCAAAGUCCUCAAACAACAACGUCAAAUCUGAUAUGUGGAUGAUCUAUCGUGAUGCAGUCACACAGGCGGGUACCUUACCUGCAUUCCAACAGAUCAAAUCUUGGAUCGAGACGAAGAAAAUACAAGGAGAAGAAGCCGCAGAAGUAACAGCAUCUCUGCCAAAUACUCUUCGCUAUCCCACAAAGGAACUGAUGGCACAAUUCUUUGAACUUGCUAUGAACGAUGAAGUUCGUCAACAGAGGUUCCUUAACAACAGUGCUUUGAAUGCCGCUACCAAGUUCAUCAACAAGGGCCAAGUUAACAACAGGACUGCCCACUCAUUCUACCCCACUCACAUGUAUGGACGUUUAUCUAGCAAAGACGAUGACUUCGUCCUUAAGCAAGUUCUACCACGCCUUCAACAGGAAUUAUCGCAAGCGGUACAAAACGAAGAUCGUCACAAGCAACAGGUUUACAUCAAAGCAAUUGGCAAUUUGGGACACCGAGCUAUCCUAGAAGUAUUCGCUCCGUACCUUGAGGGCCAUAUCAGAGUGUCAAAUUAUAUUCGCACUCAAAUGGUGAAUAACCUACAAACUCUGGCCAAACAAGGAGACAAUCACGCUCGCGCUGUGUUGUACAGUAUCUUGAAAAACACUGCUGAACAUUAUGAAGUUCGAGUCGCCGCUAUUAGGAACAUUUUCAUGGGACGUCCUAACAGUCCUAUGAUGCAAUCUAUGGCUGAAAUGACUCAUAAUGAUCCCAGCAUUCAAGUUCGUGCCGCAUUGAAAUCUACCAUUGAAUCAGCGGCUGCGUUGAAGAAUCCUCGUUACUUCGAUCUUGCCCGAACUGCACAAGCUGCCAAGGAUAUGCUGACCAAGGAAGACUUCGGCAGACAAGAUUCUGCUAAGUACUUUGACGAGAACCAUGAUGAAGAUAGCGACAAUACCAUCUUGAGUGUCGUCUCCCAAAUUGGUAGCCGCGACAACCUUUUGCCUAAGCAAUUUAACUAUGUGUUGAAGAACAAAGCUGGAGGCUGGGAUAAACCAGAAUCAAUUUCUGCAUCUGUAUCGAGCGUUCGGAAAGUUAUGGAUUACUUAAAAGAGCAAUUGUUUGGUAAAAAUCCAAGAGACAACAACGAUGAUGCUAACCACAAAUAUUCUGCCCAGAAGGUCGCUCAGAUGCUGAAUAUCAAGCGUGACAAUGAUGAACCUUUAGGCGCAUCGUUCCAAGUUAACUUUAUGAACCAGGAUAGAUUCUUCGCUUUCGAUGAAGGCGAUUUACAACUGUUAGCCCAAAGCAUUAAGCAAUACGCUCAGGAAUUCCAAAAGGGAGUCGACAAGCAUUACACGAAGGUGUUCAACCAGGACCAAGUUUCCGUCAUGUUCCCAGUAGCCACCGGUAUGCCCUUCAUCUACAAAUACAAGGAACCAACUGUCGUCCACAUCAUGAGUAAGGCAAAGGGUCAAUACGAAAUGAAGUCGCCGAAAGAAUUCUCUGGAUCGAUUGACAAGAACAUUCACUUCACAUACGCUAAGAAUAUCGAUGGUAGCGUUGGUUUCUUGGACACGUUGUCGAACCAACACUCUAGUGCUGGAGUCGUUAAUAAAUUCCAGUUGCACAUCCCAAUUAAAAUGCAAGUCCAAAUAAACACCAGAGACGUUCAAGUAUCUGUUACUUCGCUGGAACCGGAGCAGGAUCACACCAUCUUGCAUUACAGCUCUUGGCCGUACACCGCUAACCAGAAGAAGGAUACACUUACACCAAUCUCUCAAGACCCGACCACUAAAUUGGUCGCACGUAACAACAAAGUUGUCGCUUUCGAUACUAAAUUUGGUCAACAAGUCGGUGUACAAUUCCAACUUCAAGGAUACUCGUAUUCUAACGAUUACAAGAGCAUAAGAAACAAAUAUGAUUGGGACCAUCCAGUUUCGAGCAUUGCAUCUGCCAUAUACCAGAAAGACAUUGCUCAGACACAUUUCAACCUUAAACACCUUGGAAAACAAUCGAAGAACAAGGACAUAAAGUUAACGUUUGCAUACGAUGAGUUCUACAACCAAAAGCAAGAUGGUCAGUACAACCCUACUGCUUCUGAGGUUAAAGACGCAUCACCAAACAGCGAAGAUCGCCGCAAGGAGCUCGUCAAGAGAGCAGUUACUGGCAUCAACACGGCGAAAGCACAGGUAGUCGACUUCAGUGUAACAUUCGAGGGACCACAGAAAGUAGAAUACGUAGCCACAGCCGCUAUCGGUGACAGCCCCGUUGAUGACAAGAUUCAAUACGCUAUUUUCGCUGGAAAGAACUCGCCCCAAGGCAACAGCCAAAUUAACGGCGUAGGUAAACAUAACAAACCUGAACCGACAACUUUCAACUACCAAGAGGCUCUGAAGAAGGACCUUAAGAUGCCUUUCGACUUCGACAUUCGCUACGGACCAAGUGGAAACAUACACAUCAACGGUCAGGCAGAGCGCAGCAAGAAAUACGGCGACGAACUUAAGAAUCAACCACAGGCCAAACAAUGUGACGAGGAGAUUGCUCAAGGCAACCAAUACCAACGCGCUUGUUACCAAAUGAUCGUAAGAUCUCAAGCUCCUGACAGCCUGAGGGCGACGGUGACCUACAAAGAUGUGAGCCCAGCUGUCAAGAACUUGGCAUUCCAAGCCUACAAAAUCGCUGAAAGCCUGGGCUUCUGGCAAACUGAAGUAAAUCCUUUCAAGACGUUGCCAGAGGGUAGACUGGAAUUUAGCGCUGAAGCAUCGUACUUAACCAACUCUCUGCAUUUGGCUCUGAACUCCAGAUACGGCGAAGUUCAGGUUAGGAAUAUGCACAUACCUGAUGUCGCUGCUCACGCCGCAUCCGCCUACAGGCCAUUCAAGACUCAAGAACGUGUAGCCAACCACUACAGCCGUCAACAAUAUCAACCUUACUGCUCCGUUGAUGGUACAAGAGUGAAGACAUUCAGCGGCCGUAGCUACGAGUACCCGUUGACAAAGUCCUGGCACGUUGUUAUGCAACAGGACGCCGAGUACCCCGGCCAGUCGAGAGAACAGUUCGCCAUCUUAGCAAGGAAGCCUAACAACAACGAGAAACAGCAGGAGCUGUACAUAUCGUACAAAUGCGAACACGGCAAACACUUGGAAAUCGAAAUCCAGCCCACUGAAGGUUCCAAACAACAGCAAGUCAAAGUGACAACCAACACGAAGAAGGUUUCUGAUGGUGAUUUGACAAUGUACUGGGAUGACGAUGAAGACAAACCUAUUCUGCAAUACCACACGGAAUCCGAUGGAACUCUCAUGCUGAACAUCCGCGAGGAUCGCCUUCGUAUCAUGUAUGAUGGAUACAGAUCGGUAGUGCUGAACCGCGAAAGCCGCAACAGCUCCAGAGGCAUCUGCGGACAGAUGAGCGGUGAGAAACGCGAUGAUUAUCUUACACCUAACGGCCUCGUCGACAGACCCGAACACUACGGCGCUUCUUAUGCUUUGGACGAUGAGAACAGUGACCCUAAAACAAAACAGUUGAAGGAACAAGCUAAGGAGAAGGCGUACGAACCCGAAACCCACUACACUACCAUUCUCCGAUCAGACCAAGAGUGGAAAAACGCAAUGCAAUCGUCAUCCUCUUCAGAAGAAGAUUGGGGAUCACAGAACGUGUACAGAUCGAGGAGUUAUUCGAAACAACGUGGACCAUGCAAAGUCCAACAGCAAGUUCAGUACUACGAGAACCACGGAGAAAUUUGCAUCACCACCAAACCGUUAGACGCUUGCCAGUCCUCUUGCCGCGGUGAUGGCUACAAGGUCCAGGCCGCUCAGGUCGUGUGCAGACCAAAGUUGGACCAGCAGUUCCGCGCGUACAGAGACCAGAUUAAACAGGGUCAAAACCCGCAGGUGAACGGUGUACCACAGAACAAGCAAUUCAGAGUACCAAGUUCUUGCCAAGCGUAAAAUAAUUCACCAUUAACUUGACCAGG